CAACAACUCGGAAUCCUGUCAGUGACCGCCUCUGAACCGCUCAUUGCUGCACGUGUUUUUGAGAUCAAAGACCGUGCAGUUGGCCGUUUAGAGGGACGCAGCCAAAGUCUGUCACAGACCGGUCACUACAAGGAUCCCGCAGAGUGCCGCUUCCCAGUCCGUGACUUGAUCAUGCCCCCUGCCGCAGGAACCAAUCUAGGCUACAAGCCCCCGGAUGGGGGCUGGGGCUGGGCUGUCGUCCUGGCUGCUUUCAUCUCCAUAGGAUUCUCUUACGCCUUUCCCAAGUCCCUAACCAUCUAUUUCAAGGAGAUUCAAGAAUAUUUUUCAGUUUCCUACAGUGAGAUUGCCUGGUUGUCCUCAGUCAUGCUGGCUUCCAUGUAUGCAGGAGGUCCUAUAAGUAGUGUACUUGUCAACCGUUAUGGCAGCAGACCGGUAGUCAUGGCUGGUGGGAUUAUGGUGAGCACUGCCAUGGUGCUUGCUUCAUUUGGCACAACUAUCAUUCAUCUGUAUCUCUGUGUUGGAGUGAUCGGAGGCUUUGGUCUUGCCUUCAACCUGCAGCCAGCCCUGACAAUUAUAGGCACUUACUUCCAGGUCAGAAGGCCACUGGCAAACGGACUCGCAAUGACGGGCAGCCCAGUUGUCCUGUUCACCCUGGCCCCUCUCAAUCAAUUCCUCUUUGAUUCCUUCGGCUGGAGAGGGAGUUUCCUCAUCCUGGGAUCUAUUGUUUUGAACUGCUGUGUGGCCGGUGCUCUGAUGAGGCCAGUCAAUAAACUUGCUCACCCCGAGCCCAUCAAGGACUCACUAAAGUGUAACGGCGGAGCCUCUGAGGACGCUGCUGCUGAUGACACCGGCACACAGCCGGAUAAUCCUCCUCCUGAGGAGUGUCAAAAUGAAAGCAAAGGUCAGAGCCAGGUCUCCAGAUUCAUAGACCUCUCUCUCUUCAGGCACAGGGGCUUUCUCAUUUAUCUCAUUGGCAAUGUGGUCAUGUUUUUUGGCUUUUUUGCACCAGUGGUUUUCCUGGCCCCUUAUGCAAAACACCAAGGGACGGAUGAGUAUUCAGCAGCCUUCUUGCUUUCUAUCUUUGCUCUGGUGGACAUGUUUAUCAGACCUCUAACUGGCCUGAUCGGCAACCACAAGCUGAUUAGGCCAAGAAUACAAUAUUUUUUCAGUUUUGCUGUUUCAUACAACGGUAUAUGUCACUUGCUGUGUCCACUGGCAUCCGGAUAUGAGGGUCUGGUUGUGUAUGCUGUCUUCUUUGGUUCGGCAUUUGGAAUGCUUUCAGCACUGCUUUUUGAAGUUCUGAUGGACCUAGUUGGAGCUCAUCGAUUCUCCAGCGCAGUUGGACUAGUCACCAUUAUAGAGUGUGGGCCAGUGCUUCUUGGACCUCCUAUUUCAGGGGCUUUAGUUGAUAUUUUUGGGGACUACAAAUACAUGUACUACGCAUGUGGUGUUUUAAUGUUGGUGCCUGGCAUAUUUUUCUUCAUCAUGCAUUAUUUCAACUACAAGAAGCUGGAAGAGGAGCGCCUGCAGAGUGCAACUGGGGAGAUUGGAACUCUGACAGAGGGAGUACAAUUUCACAUGAACCAGCAUGAUAAAACAGCGAAUGAGACAAAUGGAUGAAAAAAGACAACUCACAAAGUUUGAAUGAAAUGAGUGCUUUCUUUUUUAGAAUUCUUGUACCCUUAAAUCUUAAUGUCUAUUUUUGUUAUUCUAUGUUAUCCCUGUUUUAUCCCUGUCUAAGGAGACUAAAUGUGAAUUCAAUGGAAUAUGCACUUGAACCAUCUAAACAUGCUCAGAGCUUUUGUAAUGUUUUCUUGAUAUGUUUGGGUUUUAUUCAGCUUCUUUAAAGCAAGACACAAACAAAAUCAGUCAAAUCCAGAGAGAGAAAUGGAAAGCAGUUCAUCAAAUAUCCUCAAAACAACGCCAGGCCACUUAUUAGCAUCACCUUCUAACCACUAGAUGGCAUUGAAUCCUAUCCAAAUUUUGCUCCCCCAAUUCCAUCAUUCCACAAAUAAAUGAAAUCUCGAGGUUGGAGAUGGAAAAUACCUUCUUUUUUAAUGUUCUAGACUGCCCAAAAAUACUUUUUUUUUGUGUCAUGAGGAUCACUAAAGAUUGCUUCACCGCUGCACGGCUUUAUCAAAGCCAUAAAAAUUCAGUAUGAGGAUAUGAAAUUCCUUUCAGAUUUGAAACUGAAGUAAGAGCAGAAACCUCUAUGUGCAUUCAAUAACAAGUCCUCAUUUGCAUGUGAGGCUGAAUAGUUUAAAUGCUUAAUAACGUUUUAGGUUCUGCACACAUCACAGACUUAUCACUGCAGCAGGCCUGACCUCUGGAUAUUCUAGUAUUUCAAAAGCGUUUUAGUGGUUUUUCUAUCAUUUAUGGGAUAUUAAUGUAGUAAACUUCUCUUAUGUGGACUGUAAAGAAGCCAGAUUUCUAACUGAUGUACUACACCACAGAGGAAGUACUUGGCAAUACUUUUGUGAUCUUAAGCCAGAGCACACCCUCUCCUCUGCAUGGAUGCACACUCUCUGUAAUCAUUCCCAGCAGUUGCAAUAAAAGAUUCACGGAUGAACCAUUCCAAAACAGACUAACGUUAUCUUUACAGAUAUGUGCUUAAAUGGCUCAUUCUUAUCAUGUCCCUGCUAGGUUAAUAUUGACUUACAUUUCUGAUAGAUGAAAAUAGCUCAUUUGCAGAAAUCAAUAAGUUUAUUCACAUGCUCAGAUUGCAUUGUAAGCCUCUUUCUCAUGGUGGAUGACUAAUCCAGUGCCACUGAGCUGCUUUUGAAGUCAGUUCAGUUAAUUGUAUGUAGACAUUUGUGC